GAAAAGCGGCGCCUCCUCUCGCUCCUGCCCCUCCCUCUUGGAGCCGCUCGCCGCGCCCGGCUCCUCCCUCCCGGCUCGGGCCCUGGGGCGCUCGUUUCUCGCCCAGCUGCGCGCGUGCCAAGAGCUCGAGCCGGAGCCUCCCGGCGGCUCCCCCCCAGCUGCUGCCGCCUCCUCCUGCGGGCACGAUGCAGUUUAUGUUGCUUUUUAGUCGUCAGGGGAAGCUGAGACUUCAGAAGUGGUAUGUCCCGUUGUCUGACAAAGAGAAGAAGAAAAUCACAAGGGAACUUGUUCAGACAGUGCUGGCUCGUAAACCGAAAAUGUGCAGCUUCCUGGAGUGGAGAGACCUGAAGAUUGUCUACAAAAGAUAUGCAAGCCUUUAUUUCUGCUGUGCUAUUGAAGAUCAGGACAACGAACUGAUAACCCUGGAAAUAAUUCAUCGUUAUGUGGAACUACUUGACAAGUAUUUUGGCAGUGUGUGCGAACUUGAUAUCAUCUUCAAUUUUGAAAAGGCUUAUUUUAUUCUGGAUGAGUUCCUGUUGGGAGGGGAAGUUCAGGAGACCUCCAAGAAAAACGUUCUUAAAGCCAUUGAGCAGGCAGAUCUGUUACAGGAGAGCCAGAAUGAAGACUGGGGAGGUUUGUCUGAGGAUAUCUUAUGAUUAAGAGCAGUCUAAGGCCUUAGCCCUUUUGACCCCCCUCUAAAUUGGCCCCUAAAAGAGGAAUACAUUGUGGCAGUGUUACAAAGAAAAGGUAAGACUGUCUUCAGAAAGCACACACCUGAAAAAUGAGUCACUUUGAAAGCCUAUUAGUCAAGGUCAGUUAUAUUUAACUACCUUUAUGUAAUGUAUCAACUUUUAGUGUGUACAGAUGCAACCAGGAAUGUUUUAUUUCAAGUGUAGUUUCAGAUAUAUAAAGAUUAAGACUUAAUUCAUUAGACCAAUUGAAUGUAAAUGUACACAAAUUUUUCAAGUAAUGAAAGGAAAUUUCAUCUUUAAGAAAAUAAAUUUUGCAAAGAAUGAGUUCAGAUGCUCAGUUUGCCUUUUAUGAUUAGAGUCAUAAUUUUGGUUUAUGUAUGUGAUACAUAAUUAUUUUAAUGGUUAAAUUUUCUUAAAUAUGCCCAAUGGCCUGUGAUGGGAUAUUAGAUGGGGUGGGAUCUGAGUCACCAGAGAAUUCUUUCCUGGGUGUCUGGCUGGUGAGUCUUGCCCACAUGCUCAGGAUUUAGCUGAUUGUUAUAGUUGGGGUUGGGAAGGAAUUUUCCUCCGGGGCAGAUUGCCAGAGGCCCUGGGGGUUUUUCGCCUUCCUCUGCAGCGUGGGGCACGGGUCACUUGCUGGAGGAUUUUCUGCACCUCGAAGUCUUUAAACCAUGAUUUGAGGACUUCAAUAAGCUCAGACAUAGCUUAGAGGUUUAUUAUAGGAGUGGGUGGGUGAGAUUCUGUGGCCUCCGUUGUGCAGGAGAUCAGACUAGACGAUCAUAAUGGUCCCUUCUGACCUUAAAGUCUAUGAAUCUGAGUCUUUUUUUGCCUUUUAAAUAAAAUUUUGCUGUUCAUUUGAUGACUCCUGUGAUGGCAUCCAAGAGUGCGGAUAAAGUUUUAACUUUAAAGGGGCUGGAUUGCACUACACUGUUUAAUCCUACAUGAACGUGAUUGCCAGCAAUUACGAUUUACAUGAUGCUGCAUGCAUUUUAAUAGGGUAAACAAGGACAAAAAAAUCAGGUUCAUGUCAGCUGACUACCAUGCUUUUGGUUUGUUCUGGUCUACAGUGACCACGAAAUUGUAUUCAAAAUCAUGUCCGUUAAUACCAUUGUUGGCAUCUGUGUUUAAACAGUAAAAAUCUUGUGGCCCUCAUAGAUUCAGUUAUAACUUAUCUAGAUUUAACAUUAUUAAUGACUUUCACUCUGGAAUUGAUUUGGAGGAAGGGAGUCUUUUUACUUUUUUGGAAUGUGAGGGAGUUCAGCGUUGUAAAGCGUGUGGGAAGAGGGACGGGGACUUGAUAAAUUGUGUAGGAUGAAGAUUUAGGGCACAAGAACAAAAACUUGGAUUAAUUCAAUAAAAUUAAUAGGCUGGUUUAAGGGAAAUAGAGAAUAAACAUUCAUAACAAUGCAUUUGUUUGUUUGGAAUAUUUUUGAAACUUAGUUGGGUGGAGCUCCAUGUGAAAGCCUUACAGCACUUUUUUCAUGCAGUUAAUUAAUUGUCCUAUGGGAUGGAGCCUUCAUUAGAAUUAUUGGCACUUACUGUAUCUUAUUAAAACAACUUCCAGUGUGGUCUUUAUAUAGUCCUACACGCCAUAGGAGGGUAGUUAUUUAUAAUGAUAUGGAAGAUACAUACUAAAUUUAUAUUUGAAGGACAUUCAUUUAGGACAUGGGUACUCGAAUUAGGGGUUGUGCUGUCAUCCUGCCUUUCCCAUGUUACAUUGCCAAAUAGGAAAUGGGUCUUGGCUAGAUACUGGGUACCUGGCAUGGAUGGGAAUUCCUAGAGGUAGUUUGGGGCUACAGUAUGGCAGACGCUGAGUAUUACUGACCUUUGGAAUACACCAUUUAUCAAUUAACUGGCAGGUGUGAAGUGUUGCAUUCUAAAGGGAUUAUCACCUUUGUUCCAACCAGAUCAGGGAAGAAGUGGGAGAGAUUGAGGGGGGAAAAAGACACCCACUGAAGACUGAUUACACUGAAUGAAGGUUCAGCUGGUACUUCUGGUUCCCCAGUAGAGAAUUGAGGAGGAGAGAGGUCACUACUGUUGUGUGUCUCGCCCUUUCCUUGGCUGGUGAAGUGAAGACUAGGGAAAUGACAGUUUUACUUCACUGUGUGCCUGUGUAAAAUUUUUAUAUCCUUGCAAAAUAAUGCUUGAACUGCCUAACGAUGGAACUGCAGAGAAAGUGAACAGUAGCAGCUUUGUACAGAGAAGUCUCUUAUGAAAUAUUUCCUGGUGACUCAACCUGUAUUUGCUAAACUGAUCUAAGAUCUGAUGGAUUCCUGUAUAAUGUCUCUUUAAACAAAAUCUUACUGUUGUAAUUGUUUUGUUUCUUAUAUUUACAUGGCUAGGAUCUGUAAACCUGUUAAUAUUUCCUAAACAAAUUGUGUGUGUGGGGGUGGGGGGGAUCAUUCAGUUUGCAAUCUUAUCUUCAAGUGCAUUUUUCCUUGAAAUCUAUUCCAAUUGAUAGUUGUUAAUGAAGAUUUCAAUCUUAAUCAAGACUUCUCACUGUUCCCCCAAAGAUAGUUUGCUUCUUUGACCAAAAACACUACUGAAAAAUGGACUACAGUUAUUACCAAUUCUAUACUGACUACUGAUUUGUUGCUCCAGUUUUGUAUUUGUUUAGACUAGGAAAAGUGAUCAAGGUUGGCCUGAGGUUAGUUAACACAUUUCCACUCACAGUUUAAUGCAUUUCUCUCUCCUACCUCUAAACCCCUACCAGAAAAACAAAACCAACCUUAAAAAUCAUCCUCUACGCUACGCAGAAUAUUGAUCCCAAAAAUGGAGCAGUAAGAGACUCUAUGAAGUCCACUAGGGAUUUCACUAUUGCUAUUGAUUUUAUGUAGAAGGUGUUCAGAUACUACAGUGAUGGUGUAUGCAUCAUCAUUUAAUGCAUAUGUACUUAGAGAGCUAAUAUCAACUUUUCCCUGAUCUAGACACAAUAUUGCCUCAGUUUAACUAUUACGGACAUCAGUCAGCUAAAUUGAGGCAAAAGUUGUUAACCUGUAUAUGUAUGCUUGGGAAAGGAUUAAGGUUACGUUGGGGUUAGCUAGAUAUUUUAGCUAACAUGAAUCUCAUCUGAACCACUUUCCUAAUGUAUACAAAUCCUUGGUGACAGGCUGGGAUUUUCAGAGGAGCCUUACUCGCUUCGGUUCCUUUGAACAUACUUCCCCUAAGAAAGACUGUGUCAUUUGAAGUAGUACUCAUGAUGCAUUAAUUUCCAAAUAAGUAUUUGAGAAAGAGAAAUCUGAAACCCAAGCUCAUGAUGUCAGGCGAAGUGUUGGAGUUUAAAUUUUCAAAAAUGACUAGUGAUUUUCAGAAGUGGGUGGUUGAUGUCACAACGUGGACAGUUGUGCUGCAACUGUACGAAUACAAGUCUAUUGUGAGUAGACCUAACUGCUGGGUUCCAAGUGCUUCUAAGCCCACGGGGUCUGGGUAGAAUCUACUAAUUGUUUGUAGUCCUGGGUCUCUAGGUUGCACUCCCAGGCUCAGACCUUGUGUCUGAGUCCUUCCUUGGGACAUGGGACUUCACAGUGCAGCCGCCUAGGCCCUGAAACCAAUGUCUCAGAUUUUCUGAGCCCCCAGUUGCUUAGACACGCUCUCUAGAGUUCCGUCUAGGCAGUGGAACUCAAGCUUCUGGUUUAACACCUUCAGGGAAAAAGUGGCAUGGAAGCAAGGAACAUCAGCUUAGCAAAGGAAUUUCUUAACCACAGUUACUCUACUCGUGAAGUAUUUGAGAGUUACAGGUCUUUGAGAACAGGCCUGAGACACAUCCCUCCCAGGCCUGAUCUAGUUCCUUCUGAGAGUCUGAAACUUAUCAGUGUUCAAGCUGAGCAGAGUCCUUUCUGCCCCUUCUGUUUCCUGCACAUCUGGCUUACAUGUGGUGAUGGUCAAGCCCCCUGCUUCAGAGCAGCACCCCUUUUUAAAUGGCUCUUUAAAUGUUUCUUCUUUUGCCAUGUGGCCAAGCUGAGAAGCUGCAGAUUCAUCAGCCAUGCUAGUGACCAGGUGUAGAAAAUUCAUUGUUCCAUAUGUCAUGGAUUUACAGGAUCUGUGCCAUUUCCUAACCUUUAGACAGUCCCUGGGGAGGAUAUGUUCAGUGUGCUAGACCCCCAAAGGGUCACACUCUGCCACAAGGGUAGGCCACAUAGCCUCAGUGGCUCCAAAACUGUGCUGCUGGGCUCCAGCAUUCCUGUUUCUCUCACUGUGAGCUAUGUGCCGCAAGUCCCAUUGAAGUAGAUUCCUGUUCAGAGACUUUUACUCCCUUCAAAGACCAGUGCAUUUCAGCAAAUAUUUGCUUUUCAAAACAGAGUAGGGUUUUUAUUGUUCAGCUGGAAUACAGCAUCAGGAAGCCCUUAGGUUAGCAUAGAGGAAACAAAAGUUAAGGCUUAUUCCGUAUUGGCACUGAGGCAAGAAUAAAAAUAAAUCUAAUUUGGAAAGUACAAAAAACAGCAAGAUAGCAACUGGAUAAACCAUCAAGUGAAGGAUUAGGGCAUUCUUAUUUGUCAUGUACCAAUCCUGCAAGAAGUUGAAUUACACAGAGGCAACCCCCUGUGCUGGAGAGAAAUUGGCACUGUGCUGGGAAGAUCUUAAAUUAAUUGGUGAGUUCUUUUUGUUGGGUUCAGUAAAUCUUCCUUCUCCCUGAGCAGAAAGUGCUUUCAAGUACCUGUGAGAUGAGGGAUAGCCCAGCCAGGUGGAAUAGUGGCAGGUGCUGGACUAGGGGAGGGGAGCCCAAGACCCCUUCCAGGAGGAGAAAAUGAUACACAUUCAAGGCUAUUUCACAUACCUUUCCCAAAUCUAAAUUGGGGGCAGAUAGUUUAAAUGUACUUACUAAGAGACACAGUAAAGUUAACAUUCAUAUACCAUUGUUAAAGAGCAAUUUCUUUAGACUCCUUAACAAAAUAUUCAAAUAGGCAGUCUACUAUCUUGCAGUGCUUCCCCUAGUCCACUAACUUGCACCACUCAAUCAGCACAAGGGAAGCUGAAACUUCCUGUAAGUACCCUGUAGGGAAUACCUCUUGCGUGGGGGAGAUCUCAGUAGGUGUAGAGCUAGCGCCUAUACCUCCUUUCCCAAAGGCCACAGCACCAGGGCCCAGCUCUAGAAGAUGCCUCCUCCCUGAAAAUAUGCCUCAAGAACUCAGCUACAUCAUUGUAGCACUUCAGUGUAGACAGUAUGUAUGCCAAUGGGAGAACCCCUCCCGUCAGCAUAGAUAAUCCACCUCCUCGAGAGGCGGUAGCUAGGUCAACAGAAUAAUUCUUCUGUCUCCCUAGCACUGUCUACGCAAGGACUUAAAGUUGUUUAACAACACUUAAGGGUGUGGAUUUUUCGCAUGCCUGACUGACACAGGUAAACCAGCCUGAUUUUUCUAGUGUAGACCAGGACUGAAACUUUCUCUUCACUAUUUGUUAGUUUACAUCUGUUUUGGGUUGGGCAAUGAGAAAGUUUUCAAACUUCAAGACCUGUCAUGCCAUAGCAUUUUUACUAAUUUAAUCAGUGCAGUUCAUAUCUGAAUAAGAAUCCAUUAUAAGUUUAAACCAACCCAUAUGCCACUUGAUUGUUGCUCUCCUACCAAUGGUAUAUGUAACAUAGUUUUAGAAGUGCUGAAUUAGUCAAUUCACUUGUUUAUAGUCAAUUUCUAAAUAACUGGGGGGCUGCAAUGGGUCGCAAACAUUGCAGAGUAACGUUACUUCCUCAAGAAUGGUUUCCAUGGAAAUUGGGAAUUAUACAUUUUUAUUCUUUGUGAUUUGUUAAAAACAUUUGACAUUAAACUGAAUUGGAGAUAUUUAAAGACCAGCUAUAUUGGGGGGGGGGGGGUUAUGGAUAAGAUUAGCAAGUGUGGAAGUUCUUCUUGUAAGUAUUUCCAUCCCUUUUUAAGAAUUUUGUUUGUAUUGAGAUUUCUUGUUGACUCCUGGAAUGGAAAGUGAAACAAUGUCUUUAAUUGGCAUACAGUAAAGGAUAGUAACUGACAGGGAGAUUUUCAAAAAAUGCCUGACAGACUGAAAAGUAAAUGUCCCCAGUCAACUUUCAGUGUGGUUUCUGCUCCUAAAUCCCUUGAGCGCUUUUGAAAUUCUGACCCAAAUGUCCUCAAGACAUCGUAAUGCAUUGCAUAAAGUGAACAUGUGUUGUGAAUGCUGUGUGGGUUUUAAAAAUAUACUGCAACUGAAGCGGUUUUACUAAUGUGCAUAUUCAUAAUGCAGUCCAAGAGCAAACUGUUAUUCUAAUAAUCAAGAGUAUUUUCAGUGAAAUAGUAAGAUUUAAUCUGUGAAAAGUUUUUGAUCAGGACACUGAGUUAGGGAAGUCUUGCAGUCAUUAAACAAAAGUGCUUUUUUGAGAGGAGGGAAUCUUGAUAGUAUCUGGCCCCUCUUCAUGAGACAUACACAUUUUAAAACCACAGAAAAAUGAAUUGUUGCAGCUGAACCUCUUGGAGGUACAAAUGGAAUUCUAAUUUUUGUAGAAUAUUCCUUUAACUUCCUUUAACAAUUUGUACUAUGCUGUAGAUGAUAACUGUAAGGAAAAACAUACCGACCCAUCAUUUUGGUAAAUUUAAUUGAAAUACAGUUCCUUUCUGAGUAUCUGAUUAAAAUAUUUGUACCUUCAGAGGCAGGACUCACACUACAGAAUUUUAUCAGAAAAUUCUUAUCUGCACUAUCAUCGUUUCAAAUGCACUGGUAUUAGUAUGCGGAGCCCUAGUGUGGGCAAGUCUUUGUUGGCUGGAACUGGUGCAGAUAAAGUGUUGGUAGCACCAGCCAUAAUCUGGUUUAAGGUAGUUGAUAUGGGUCCUUUCCACAUGCAAUGCACAGUAGAAGAUUAGAUAAGUUUAUAAAGCUCUCAAUAUCCAAACACAAACAUUUUAGCAGCAUAUUGUUAUAUGGAUGUUGUAUUCACCACUUCUAAAGGAGCUGUCCUAACAGUAUGAAAGGCAGUCUUCAAUCUAUGAAUGACAUUUGUGGUGUUUAUAUAAAGGAAAGAAAAAAGGGACAUC